UCGUGGAAACAAGUCGCGUUUCUUUUCGCAAACUAUUCAUUGGUGUUCAGUUCCUUUUCUUUGACUCAGAAGUUCGCAUUGGUGAUUCAUCGUUACGACUGUACUUCGUCGCCAUCUAAGAACUUUUUUUGGAAGGAAAAACACAAAAUUACAAUGUCAUCAAAUGUGGACAAUCUUAUUUUAGAAGCCGCACGUAGAGGCUCGAUUGCUGAACUAAACGAAAUACGUAAAAGUUACAACUGGAUUGCGAUACCCGUUAAUUUUAUAGUCAAGUGUUACAGCGAAGAAGGAAAUACGCCUCUUCAGGUGGGCGUUGCUAACGGACACUACAACGUAGUCGAGUUUCUGAUUGGAGAAUUAAAAUAUCAAGUCUAUCCGCAAUGGAAGAAAUCAAUUAACGGUGCCUGUUCUUUUUCGUGGGCAAGUUUAGAUUUUAACAAACCUCUCCCGUCAUUCAAACCGCUAUCACUUGAAAUGGAAAUCAUUCGCGACGUUUCACACCAAGUUCCCAUCGCCAAAUUGAUUGAAUAUCUAAUUGACCCAGUUAACGACGAACCCUUUCAAUGGUUUGAAUUUCUGUUAAAUUCUUUCGUUGCAAGUUCAAUUAGUCAGCUGGAAAAAAUUGUUUCGCUGGAACUGAUGGGUACCGCGUUCAUCUUCAAACACAAACACUAUGUGUGGCGCGGGUUGCAAUGUUGGGAACAGGCCAUGUCGCUUCGCAAGUCAACAGGCAAUUUAACCAUACCAAAUGUACAUUACGUUCUAUCAGGAAUAGCUCGAAAUGCGUUUAAGGAUAAUUUUCCAUUAAUCACAUCAGAAUUAUCGCUUCAGAUAUUUAAAGGAAAUUGGCAACGUCAUUAUAGGCACGUCGACGUGCAAGUUCAGGGCCUAUUAGUUAGCGAGAGAAUUUUUAGUGAAAUUAACAGUGGACAAACGAAUCCAAACUCAUUUCAUCUAGAAAAUCUAAUGCGUUACGGUCAUUUUUGCUGUUACGAGGAAAAUGAAUACAAUCGCGCGUUUAACAUUUCGCUGCUUAUUCUGGAACAAUUGAGUGGAUUUCAAUCGACUUCUUCCCCCCAGUGUAUCCGAAUUUUCGUUAGAGCUCUCGACCUUAUGUUGGAAUGUUUGGAACAGCAACCAACCAGCAAAGGCAAAGGAGAACUGUCUUUCGCUGAUUAUUUGAUUGUCAUCAAAUUCGGUUUAACAAUCUUAAAUAAACUUGCGCUAUUAUCGCCCGACACGAGGACAACAAUAGAUUAUUGGCAACUCAAUGUCAUGGAGAAAGUUUAUCAUUUACUAUUGGAUCAUAUUCUGUCACGUAAUCAGCUGGAAAUUCAACAACUUAAAGACUGUCUAGCAAACUAUUUCAGCAUGAAUAAUGCACAUAGUUUCACUAGUCUUCUACACCUGGCAAUCAAGAAGAUUGACGUCAUCCAACGAUAUCCAAGUAAAAUUGUAUCUGUUAUUCAGCUGUUUCUUGAAACUGGAGCCGAUCCGACGGCUACGGAUUCCAAUGGCAAAGCUCCGUUCCACAUUUUGGCAGAGAAUUACGAAUGGUUUCGGAACGAUUUAAAAUCUUACGAAGCUGUAUUUCAAGCCUUGCUGGAUGCUGGAGGCCAACUCAAUCAAGAGACGCCGGACGGAAAGACAUUUAUGACUAUAUUAAAAGAACAGAAGAGCAGAUAUCUGUCAAGUAAUCAUCCAAUUAUGGAACAAGCAAUUAAUACUGUCCUACCUCUUUCAUACAUCUGCGCGCAAGUCAUACGACGAGCACAAAUUCCAUACGAACACCAAUUACCAUCCAGCAUGCAAUCCUUGAUUGGUCGCCAUAGUGCGUUUAAAGUUGUUUCAUCUUUGGGUGAUGCCCUUUUAUCUUGAAUUGCAAAAUCGAUGUUUUGGUGACCACAAGCAGCGCGGACGCCCCGAACUGGAUAAUUCAGCAGAUAAAUAUUUAUCCGUGUUGUUUAAAACGAUGCUGUAAC